UAUCAAAAUUAAAAAUGUUAAAAAAUACGUCUGAACAAGAAGUUGAAACUUUAUUUAAAGCUUUUAUUAAUAGUGUUUCCACUGAUGAACAAAUUAUUGAGUUUUUGUCAUAUUUGCCACAAAAUCAAGGGGGUUUGUUUCCAAUUGGACUGGGCCUAUUUUAUCCACUUAAAACUGUAAGAGAUAAUACAAUUGAAUUGUUUAAUAGGCUUAAUAGUCAUGCU